CAUUUUUUUUUACUCAUCUACAAAUGUGUAUAUGAACUUGAGAGCAAAAAGGUGUACAAAAAGUGUAAAGGUAUCGGCACACCACUCCUAAUAAUAAUAAUAUUAUGUCUAACCUCUACAACCUUGCCGCGUGUAAAUAAACUUUGUUUUGUGUACAUACGACAAAAAAGAAAUAUACACGAAGAGAUCGACGAGAACACAGGUCCCAUAGACAGCCUCUGACAGUUUUCUAUUUCUCUCAUACACAACUCCGUAGUCAUGUGAUCGUCGGUGGCUUCAUCGCGUACGCCCCAUCUCAUGUCAACCACCUGUGGGAAGGAAAAUCAAUCGGUUUUUAUAUCUAACGGACUAUUUACAAUAUUAAUUACGGAAUUUUCAAACAAUCAUAACUAUCAAAAUGGCGCUAGAUCAACAGUUGGGACAAAUAAGCACUUAUCUAUCGUACGUGACUAUGCUGGCCGAUGUGACAGUGAAGGAUGAACUGAAACUGAAAGUAGCUCAAGAAUUGUCGGAAAAUUUUGAGGCCAUUAUGUGUUCGCAACAAUCUUCGCAAUUUUUUGACCAUAUGAUAAAGAUUUUUUUGAAGAUAUUACAAGAGGGAGAGCCGCAUUUUAUAUCGGAAUACAAUAUUCAACAAGUUAGAAAAUUGAUCUUAGAAAUGAUACACAGAUUACCGCACACCGAGCAAUUGCGCCAGUAUGUCAGGCCAAUUCUGGAUCUUAUGUCCAAACUACUAGAAAAAGAUAACGAAGAAAAUGUAUUAGUAUGUUUGCGCAUUAUUAUCGAAUUUCAUAAGCAAUUUAAACCGACAUUUAAUCCAGAAAUACAAUAUUUUCUUCAAUUUGUCAAACUAGUAUAUAGCAAGUUACCAAAAAAUCUGUCAAAAAUAUUCGAACCGCGUCCUCCUUUACGAGUGAAAGAUUUAUCAGAACUCAACAUAGAGGCUCUCUUGAAGGAGACAUUCACGAUUACGGCAAUACAAAGUGAGAAAAAAGCACCGGAUAAUACUUUCUUGACAUAUAACUUAAUUCCAAAAGCAGUGCUGUCUCUCAAAGUACUUCAAGAGCUACCAUUAAUUGUGGUACUUAUGAAUCAACUGUACAAGGAGAAUGUACAUCAGGAUGUGUCGGAUUUCAUUCCGAUCGUGAUAACGACCAUAUCAUUACAACCGAGUCCAGAGCAUCGAGCGUCUCCUAGAUUCAACAAAGAAGUCUUUGUUGAUUUUAUGGGUGCGCAAGUCAGAACAUUAUCGUUUCUUGCGUACGUUAUUAGACCUCAUCAAAAAUUGAUAUCCCAAAACAGCACAAUGUUGGUUGAAGGUCUCAUAGGUUUGUUUACUUUAUGUCCCAUGGAAGUGGCACACUUGCGGAAAGAGUUGGUAGUUGCAUCUCGCCACAUAUUAGCUACAGAGCUACGAAAUAAGUUUAUUCCGCACAUGGAAGUGUUUUUCAAUGAGGAUAUUUUCAUUGGGCACGGAUGGACCGCUCACGAAACGCUUCGACCUUUGGCUUACUCCACUCUUGCCGAUCUGGUUCAUCACGUGAGAUUACAGUUACCGCUAAACGAUGUAUCAAAAGCGGUACAUUUGUACGGCAAAAAUGUGCUCGAUCAAACUUUACCCACUGCCGUACAAAUGGUGUCUUGCAAGUUGCUGAUGAAUUUAGUGGACACAGUGAGACAAAAAUCUGAUUCAGAUAACAAUCAGAAACGUGAAUUAUUAAUGCGUAUAUUGUUGGUGUUCGUACUGAAAUUUAAAACUAUUGCUAAAAUUUAUAUUCCAAUCUUACGAAGUAAGACAAAACAAUUGAAAUUGGCUACAGUAGACGCAGAAGAUACUAAGCCUUGUACAGAACUGAAUGAAGAAAAGGAACCACCAAAGUCUAAGUUUGGAUUUCCGAUAACGCAAGCCAUGAGUUAUAAUGUAGCAGAAUAUAGAAAUCUUGUAAAAAGUUUGGUGCAUGGUGCUAAAGCUAUAACGUCUAAUUGUAUCAACAGCAGAACGAGCGAAGUAACGCAAUCGAAUCAGCUCCAGCCGAAGGAAACUCUGAUUUAUAUACAAUUUGUCAAAUGGGCACUACCGGCUCUGGAUAUUUACACAAUCGGUCCAGCUGCUAUUGGCACUCCCAUGCAGCCAAUUAGACCGAUGCAAUCUCAGCCAAUACGAACGCGAGAGGAAAAGGAAGUGCUCGAACUUUUUGGCAACGUUUUUACUCAAAUGAGCCCUCAAACGUUUCACGAGAUAUUUUCCGUUACCAUAGAUUAUAUGGUUGAAAGAAUUUUUAAAAAUUGCGCUUUGCAAAUUAUCGGAAGUGCCUUUUUAUCUAGUCCUACAAUUUCAUCGACCUUCGCUACGAUUUUAGUAGAAUAUCUCUUAGAACGAAUGAGCGACAUGGGCUCGAAUAUAGAACGGAGUAACUUGUAUCUCAGAUUGUUUAAACUUGUAUUCGGCAGCGUAUCGCUCUUUCCGGCAGAAAAUGAGCACAUGCUACGACCACAUUUAAAUCAAAUUGUUAAUCGCGCUAUGGAUCUCGCCAUGACCGCAAAAGAGCCAUACAAUUAUUUCCUACUUUUACGUGCAUUAUUUCGUUCAAUAGGCGGUGGAUCUCAUGAUUUACUUUACCAAGAAUUCUUACCUCUGCUUCCCAAUAUGUUAGAAGGACUGAACAGAUUACAAUCUGGCUUGCACAGACAACAUAUGAAAGAUCUUUUUGUCGAAUUAUGUUUAACUGUACCAGUACGUCUCAGUUCUCUUUUACCGUAUCUUCCGAUGUUGAUGGAUCCUCUAGUUUCUGCUCUUAACGGAAGCAGUAACUUAGUAAGUCAAGGUCUUCGAACUCUCGAGUUAUGUGUUGAUAACUUGCAACCUGAUUUUUUAUAUGAGCACAUACAACCUGUUCGUGCCGCUUUGAUGCAAGCUCUCUGGAGAACACUACAUGGUCCGCAAGAACAAGCUGUUGUGGCAUUCCGUGUUCUCGGCAAAUUCGGAGGUGGAAAUCGUCGGAUGAUGAUUGAACCCCAAAAAUUGGAAUACAACGAUCGCGAGACCAAUUCGCCGAACGUGAUAGUUCAUUUUCAAGGACCUUCUCAGCCGAUCGAUUUCCCAGUGGAGAAAAUAAUUGAGGCCGCGUUUAACGCAUUGAAGUCUAGUACAACAGACGUGUUCUACCGCAAACAAUGCUGGGAAAUCAUAUAUUGCUACUUGACAGCGUCUUUAAUGCUGAAUGAUUCCAUUUACUUGUGGUAUAAAUUAUUCAGUCAUCCCAGCUUUAAAGAAGAUGAAAUACCGCAUCAACAGGGUUCUCACUAUAAGUGUCCUGACACUGUGGCACGUAACGUGCAGUUGACUGCAUUAACCGGUAUGUUCGUCGCCACCGAGAUCAAAGAAUUGAAAUCGACAGUAUUAAACACCGUUGCUGCUGUCGUGAGACAUUACACGAUGAUCGCUAUUGCACUACAGUGCGGUCUAUUUCACUGGAAGGAACGAGAAAUUCAAAUGCAAGGACAAGAUCCGUUUGUGCUGAUUGAUGCCCUCGCUCUCAUAAUGAGUCAUGACGAAAGAGAACUUUACAGAACAGGAUAUCUAGCGCUUAUGCUGAUAUUAGAAACGGCGACAAGUAUUCUAGGCUCGAAAGAACGGGCUUGUCAAUUGCCUUUCAUGGAAUAUUUGGCAGAAAGAAUGUGUUCGUUAUGCUAUGAACGAGCCUGGUACGCCAAAAUGGGUGGUUGUAUAGCAAUCAAGUUUCUUUAUGAGCGAAUGGCCACAAAGUGGGUUCUCAAUCAUUUAUUCACUUUUCUGAAAGCUCUUUUAUUUGUUAUGAUGGAUUUGACCGACGAGGUGUCCAAUGGUUGUAUCGAUCUUGCUAAAGAAUAUUUAGACAAGAUGUUACGGAUUUGCGUCAAUCUUAAUAUUCAGGAAAGCAGCACAGAUAUAAUAGAGGCGCAUAGUAAGAGCUUAAAUGAAGUCACUCGCGAACUAGUGAAACAGGUAACAUCGCCACAUACAAUUGUGAGAGAGCAAGCAAUGGCGUCGUUACGUCUUUUAGCUGAAUUACAAAAUAAAUCAGUGACGGAAGUGAUGGAACCGCACAGGGAUAUUUUGGCAGACGUGAUUCCACCCAAGAAUCUUUUAAAGCAUCUACCUGCUAACGCACAAAUCGGCUUAAUGGAUGGCAACACAUUCUGCACCACCUUAAAUCCACGUCUCUUCACUGUCGAUAUACUGGAACACAAGACAUUUUGUGAAGAAUUGAUAAGCCUGUGCGAAUUGGAUGAGACUAGUAUCAGUAAAUUAGCAUGCUAUAAAUCAGUAUCAAAUUUAAUGCCUUUGCGAAAAUCAUCACUACGAGCGCUCGCUGCCUGCCACUACGUUGUGGGAUGGCAAGAGAAGAUAUUUACUGUUUUAUACGAAGCUCUGGAGAAAUCUAAUGCCGAGUUGCAAGAAACAGCUUUUGAAUGCAUGAAAAUGUUUAUUGCCGGUUUUCAGAUCGAUAUGGAAUCGGUUCACACAAUGAUGCGACCUAUGCUACUUACGCUAGGUGAUCACAGGAAUCUUAGCUUAAACUAUGUCAGAAGAUUAUCGUAUUUGACGCAAUUGUUUCCGAGCACUUUUAGUGUUACCCUGUGCGAGCAGCUUCUACAACAUUUGAAGAAGCUCUUUGAGAUUUUGAUUCAAUCACACAAAAGCAUCUUAAAAUCGGGCGAGACGGAGCAAAAGAUUACCACUAUUAUCGGGAUAUAUCACGAGAUUCCAGCAGCGACUCCAAAAUUCAUCGAUUCACUUUGUAGACACGUGCUGCAAACUGAAAAAUCAUUGUCAGUUGAAAUAUCCAGUCCGUUCAAGAUUCCACUAAUGAAAUUUCUUUUACGUUAUCCGACGGAAACACUUAAUUUGUUUUUGCGUGACAACAAUAUCAAAGAUCAGCAAUGGAGCAAGUAUUUAGAAUUUUUGAUCAGACACAAAGACGGAAAACCGUUCCGUGACAGUUUACAUAAUAGCACGACACGACUCAUGAUGCUGCUCACGCAUUCGCAGAUGAAUUCUAACUUAACUCACGCGGAAAAAAGCGAAAUGCAAUAUCGAGCGAUCAAGAUUAUCAGUAUACUCAUUAGAUUUGACGAACAAUGGUUGUCUACGCAAAGUCAACUAGUGAACGCGUUGAAACAGAUCUGGUGCAACGAUGAGUAUCAAGCUUUACAUAAAAAGGUCGAGAGCGUCGAUUACUGUCAUUGGAAAGAGCCGAAACACAUCGUCAAGAUCUUAUUGCAUUAUUUUCGUCACCAACCGAACGAGAUCGAUCUAUUAUUUCAAUUGUUACGAGCCACCUGUGACCGAUUUGUGCCUGAUUUUCAAUUUCUCAGAGAUUUCUUGGAGAAUACAGUAGCGCAAGAAUAUACAGUCGAAUGGAAACGAAAUGCUUUCUUCCGCUUCGUGGAACAUUUUCCUUCAAAUAACAUGUCGCAAGAGCUGAAAGCUAAUAUUUUACAGCUAAUUAUCAUUCCGUGUUUUGCAGUGAGUUUUGAGAGAGGUGAAGGCACGAAGUUGGUCGGGGGUCCUCCCAUGCCUUAUGUAGACGAUCCAGAGAACGUUGUGUCUGUGUUUAUUAAUAAAGUUAUCGAUCCGGAUAAUCCAUUUAAAUCUGAAGAUUGCGUGCGUAUUUCUCUGUUACAAUUCUCCUGUCUCAUAGUGGAACAAGCGUCGCAACAUAUUCACGAUGUGACUAAUAAUAAACAAGGAAGCAAACUACGUCGCCUAAUGACAUUUGCUUGGCCUUGUCUUUUGGGCAAAAACUGUGUAGAUCCAACUACCAGAUAUCAUGGUCAUCUUCUUCUUAGUCACAUAAUUGCUAAGUUUGCUAUUCACAAAAAAAUUGUCUUACAAGUUUUUCAUAGUUUAUUAAAGGCGCAUGCUGUUGAUGCGCGUAAUGUAGUACGACAAGCAUUAGAAAUAUUGACACCGGCUAUGCCAAUACGAAUGGAAGAUGGUAACACUAUGCUCAUUCACUGGACAAAAAAGAUUAUUGUUGAAGAAGGUUAUUCCAUGCAGCAAUUGGUGCAUAUCUUGCAGUUGGUUGUGAGACAUUACAAAGUCUAUUACCCAGUUAGGCACCACUUGGUCCAACACAUAGUAAAUUCUAUUCAACGUAUAGGAUUCAACCCUACCGCUUCUAUGGAGCACAAGCGCCUAGCAGUAGAAUUAGCUGAAGUCAUUGUCAAAUGGGAAUUGUAUAGGAUUAAGGAGGAAGCUGAAGCCGCAGAAUCCAAUGUGACCAGAGUAAUAGGACAGGGUGGCUUAAAACGACCAAUUGCCGAGGAUCCAUCCGGUAAACGUUUUAGUUCUCAGUCGACAUCGUCCAACAAUACUCCCGUGCCUCUUGUUUUACCUAAAACAGAAUCGGGAUCGACAAAACCUAUCAAGAGAGCUCACGCGGAUUCUGUUUUAAAUUUUCUUGUACGUUUAGCGUGUCAAGUAAAUGAUGUGGCAUCAAUUCAUGGAAAUCCAAGCGAACAAUUAUCUAGACGUUGUUUAUGUUUGUUAAAAAUGGCUUUAAAGCCUGAUGUAUGGGCCGUGGAACAAUGUGAUCUCAAAUUAGCCUGGCUCGAUAAAGUUCUUGCUAGCGUGGAUAGCGAUCAACCAAAUUACGGUAAUAUCUGUACAGUGUUAGAAAUACUAACAUUUUUAUUAAGUGUCAUGAAACGCGAUCAAAUACUUGUCAGCUUCAAAUCAUUGCAAUGUGGAAUAGGUGCCUGUAUUGCCAGCACCAAUACAAGAGUAAUACGACUAGUGCAUGCUUUGCUUUCAAGAUUGAUGACUAUCUUUCCAUCUGAACCAACACCAUCAAAUGCGACUUCUAAACCUGAAGAACUUGAAACAUUGUAUUUGACUAUAAACAGAUUUAUAGCUGAUGGAUUGACCACAUAUGAAAAGACUACUACAGCCACACCUAGUUCGCUGUUCGGCACGUUAAUGACAUUAAAAGCGGCCUGCACAAACAAUCCAAAUUACAUAGACAGAUUGAUAACUCCAUUUAUGAGAGUAUUGCACAGAAUGACCAAGGAACAUCUUCACUGUGGACAAACUGAAUCUAAUGCCGUGACAAGCGACAUGCUCGUUACCAGCUUAGAUCUGGUGAAGAAUCGUGUGGCAGUAAUGGGCGUAGAUAUGCGCAAAUCAUUUAUAGGCACGAUUCUAAUUAGUUUAAUUGAAAAGACACAAGAUGCCAAAGUAAUGAAAGCUAUUACGAGAAUACUGGAGGAAUGGAUGAAGAAUAAAUCUACGAUUGCGAUCAAUCAAGCACCCAGUUUACGCGAGAAAUCUAUUUUGCUAAGUCGAAUGGCAGCAUUUGUCGAGAAACGCUUCCCAGACGAUCACGAAUUAAACAAGCAAUUUUUGGAACUUGUCAACUACGUUUAUCGCGACGAAAGUCUAAAAUUGUCUGAAUUAUCUAACAAGUUGGAAUCAGCAUUUUUGGCUGGAUUACGUUGCGUUCAGCCGCAAGUAAGGGCAAAGUUUUUUGAAGUGUUUGAUGAAUCGAUAAGAAGACGUUUGCAAGAUCGCAUUCUGUACAUUCUCUGCAGUCAGAACUGGGAUAAUAUAGGACCCUAUUACUGGAUCAAGCAGUGUAUCGAGUUAUUGUUAGCUACUGCCAAUCCGGCCACUCAGAUACGAAUAACUAAUCAGGAUAUAUUGUUACCUAGCCUCACGUCGAUUAUAAACGGCGGUAUGGUAAAAGACCAUAAGGAACAAAUGCUCUUUAUGUGUCAACUUAGUUCAUCUAAUGAGGAACAGGACUACGAAAUAAUUGAAAUAAUUGAAGAUAAUACGAAGGAAUUGAUCGAUGUAGAGGCUUGGAUGUCCAACCUAGCAGACUGUACAAAUGUAAAUGUCACUACCACUGGUACUGAGGAAAUCACUGCAAACCCAAGUCUGAUGCAAAUAAUUAAGAAACAAGGACGUUUCAUAGAAGACGCGAAGAAGGUGAAAACGGAACAGUUGCUGCUCGCAACUGCUCAGUUAUGUCACCUGGAUACGAAGCUGGCGGAACGCGUUUGGCUAGAUAUGUUCCCGCGUAUGUGGAGUAUUCUGGACGAAUCUGAUCUUAGAUUUCUCAUGCAGGAAGUGCCACCAUUUGUUGCCAGUGGUGUGCACAUUAAUCAAAAAGACUGUCAUCCGAGCGCACUCGGUACUUUCUUGGAGGCACUAGCUCAUUGCGAUCCACCGGUGGCUAUAGCGCCACCCGUGUUGAAGUAUCUGGGCAAGUCGCAUAAUGUAUGGCACCGAAUAACGUUACUUUUAGAGCAGAUGGCAUUUGAGAGCGAUACAAAUUCUGCCGCGAAAAGUAGACUCGAGUGGUUCGACGAUGAAGAUGUCGAAGGUUCUAGCCGCUCCUGCGAGGUAAUGGACAUGCUGUCGGAAAUGUACUCGAUGCUCUACGAGGAAGAUAUGUGGUCGGGUCUGUGGCAAAAAAGACCCGCUUAUUAUAAAGAGACUUUACACGCAAUCGCGUUGGAGCAGCAAGGAUUCUUCGAACAAGCCCAAGGUGCGUACGAUGUGUGCAUGACUAAGUUCAAACAGGAUUUCUUGACAAACCCAGCGCCUUACGAAAUGAGUACGGAGUGUCUUCUUUGGGAACGUCAUCGAGAACGUACCACGAAGGAACUGAAUCAGUGGGAGAUUGUAUUGGAAUUGGGGACUAAUAAGAAAUACUAUGAUCCUUUCCUCGUCUUAGAAAGCGCAUGGCGUGUUCCUAAUUGGCCGUUGAUGAAAGACAUUCUCACUCAGGUGGAACACAAUUGUCCAAAGGAAAUGACUUGGAAGAUCAAUUUGUAUCGCGGAUUCUUGGCUUUGUGCAACAGUGAGGAUCAACAUUUAAGUGCAGUAGAACGCUAUGUCGAAUAUGCAUCUAAUCAUUGUAUGCGCGAAUGGCGACGACUCCCAUACAUUGUUAGUCAUGUUCAUCUACCGUUGCUGCAAGCAGCUCAACAGAUAAUGGAACUUCAGGAAGCAAUGCAGAUUCAUCAAGGCUUGCUGCACGGUAGAAGCACAUCUCUACAUGAUAUGAAAGCAAUUGUAAAGACCUGGCGUAAUCGCUUACCUGUAAUUGCGGAUGAUUUGAGUCACUGGUCGGAUAUCUUUACCUGGCGACAACAUCAUUACAGUUUUAUUACCAAUCAUUUUAAUGCUCAGCAGGAUCAAUCGUCCAAUCAAGCGUUGCUCGGUGUGCACGCAUCGAUGCAAUCCAAUAUUCACUUCGGCAAGAUCGCUAGAAAGCAUAAUCUGAUUGGUGUAUGCUUAGAUUCUCUCUCUAAGAUCUACUCGAUACCAAAUCUACCAACAUCAGAUUGCUUCCAAAACAUGCGACAACAAAUAAAGUGUUACUUGCAGUUAGCCGCGAUGGGUGGUGGACAAAGUGAGUUACAGGAAGGUCUUGAGAUGCUUGAAACAACAAACACGAGUUACUUCACGUCUCCAAUGAUUGGAGAAUUUUACGCUUGGAAAGGCUUAGUUCAAUCUCUACUAGGUCGUUCGGACGAUGCCAAUAAGAGUUUCUCUACCGCGACUCAGAUUCACGACACGCUGAGAGCAUGGGCUUACUGGGGCGAUUACUUGGAAAAUAUUUUUAUACGUGAUGCACGUCAAAUCAGCUAUGGCAUAAACGCCCUGGUAUGCUAUUUACAUGCUUGUCGUCAUCAAGACGAAUCAAAGACCAGAAAAUAUAUAGCCAAAAUUCUUUGGUUGCUUACGUAUGAUGACGACAAAGGGUCACUGAUGAAGACUCUCGAUAAGUUCGCGGUGGGUAUACCGCCGAUUCAGUGGUUGCCUUGGGUACCGCAAUUACUAAUGUAUCUAGUACGUCAUGAUGGUUUGACAAUUUUAAACUUGCUGAGUCAAGUCGGUCGCACUUUCCCGCAAGCUGUAUAUUUUUCUAUUCGCACUCUAUAUUUGACGUUGAAGAUAGAAGAGAGAUUUUCUUUCAAUGAGAGUGCUGAAGUAGCUGUUGGUAAACCGCAAGAAAACAUAGAGCCCUCAGGUGCUACAAAUAGUGAAACUGGUGGACCUACUUUACAUAGAGCUCCUGCGCCUAUGUGGAGAUGUUCGAAAAUAAUGCAUAUGCAAAGAGACAUUCAUCCUACUAUUUUAUCGAGUUUGGAAGGAAUAGUCGAUCAAAUGGUUUGGUUCCGUGAAUCCUGGUUUGAAGAAGUCUUAAGACAACUGAGACAAGGACUCACGAAAUGUUACGCAUUGGCAUUUGAGAAUCGAUGUUCCGUCAGUGAAGCUACAAUAACUCCGCACACAUUAAAUUUUGUGAAAAAACUCGUCUCUACUUUUUUUGAAAACAUAUUUUCGUCGCAAAAUAUGAGCACUUCAUUUGGCUCGGCAGCAUCUGAAUCCUUGGCACGAAGAGCGCAAGCCAUUGCGCAGGAUCCUGUUUUUCUUAAAGUAAAGGGACAGUUUGCAAGUGACUUCGACUUUACUGUGCCAGGAGCUAGGCUGUUGCACAACUUGAUCAACAAGUUAAAGAAGUGGAUAAAGAUUCUAGAAGAAAAGAUUAAGGAAUUACCAAAAUCGUUCUUAAUUGAAGAAAAAUGUCGUUUCUUGAGCAAUUUCAGUCUAAAAACUGCGGAAAUCGAGCUGCCCGGUGAAUUCCUAAUACCUAGACAUUCACAUUAUUCCGUGAAAAUAGCUAGAUUUAUGCCUCGUGUUGAAGUUGUCCAACUACACAACACAUCCGCAAGACGAUUACGUAUUCGUGGUCAUAACGGACGUUUAUAUCCUUAUCUUGUAGUAAAUGAUGCCGGAUUAGGAGAUGCUAGACGUGAGGAACGGUUGUUACAAGUUCUACGAAUGUUAAAUCAUUAUUUGACAAAGAAAAAGGAAACAUCACGUCGGUUCUUGCACUUUACCGUGCCACGAUUAAUUGCUGUUGCGCCCCAAACACGACUGGUGGAGGACAAUCCGGCGGCAAUUUCUCUUUUGGAAAUUUACAAGAAGGGUUGCGCAAAGUUAGCAAUGGAACACGACGCACCUAUCACGCGGUAUUAUGAAAAAUUGGCUGCCGUACAGGCACGAGGUGCACAAGCCAGUCACCAAGUGCUACGGGAUAUUCUAAAAGAAGUACAAACUACAAUGGUAGCGAAAACUAUGCUCAAGGAUUGGGCAAUAAAGACAUUCCCUGGUGCCACAGAUUAUUGGACAUUCAGAAAAAUAUUUACGUUACAACUGGCGCUAAGUUGUUUUGCCGAGUACGCACUUCAUCUGACCCGACUCAAUCCUGACAUGAUGUACGUGCAUCAAGACUCCGGUUUGAUCAACAUUGCGUAUUUCAAAUUUGACAUUGAUGACACUUCUGGAGAAUUGGACGCAAACAGACCGGUUCCUUUCCGUUUGACACCUAAUAUUCUCGAAUUUGUUACAACUAUAGGAGUUUACGGACCGUUGACUGCCAGCGUGAUUGCUACAGCGCGUUGUCUGGUUACACCUUCGUUUCAGCUACACGCAAUACUCCGCGCAGUUCUACGAGAUGAAGUGAUCACAAACGCGGAUCACAAAAGGCAGGAAGACGCCGAGGGAACGUCGCAAACACCGAAUGAACUGAAGGGUGAACUUUUAAUAACGAUGGUGACUCGUGCAGUAAAUGCGAUUAUCACAAGACUAAACUCUUUGGCGAAUUUUGAUGGCAUCGACAGCAAAGUCAGCACCUUAGUCGCUGCUGCCAAUAGUCAUGACAAUCUUUGCAGAAUGGAUCCUUCGUGGCAUCCCUGGCUGUAGAAUCGAGUGCGUCUAAUUUCAACAAUUACGUUCAGUAAAUUGAAAGAAAAUUUGUUUUUUUUAAAUUUUUUUUGCUUUUGCAUUAUAUAAUAAUGUCAUUUUUUUGUUUAUUGAAUUGUAAAACUGGGAAGUGAUGAAGUGUGUAUGAUAGAAAAAUAUUGUAUCUAUUAUCUAUGUAUAAAAGUAUUGUGUAUUAGAAUUUAUUUAUGGAGAGAGAGGAA